AAUCUUGAAAAUGAAAAACAGUCCUUUGUAAACCCUAGUUCGCAGCUUAGCUUAUAGUAACAGAAAAACCCCAAAAACAGAAACUAAACCCUAAAUCCCAAAAGAAAAAAAAAUCAGUAAAAAAAAUCAAUCAUGGAUAAGAACUUACUACAAGGACUUGAUAAUCUACCUGAAGAAGACAAGAUGCGCAUGGCCAACCUCAUUGAACAGCUUCAAGUUCGUGAUAGUAUGAGAAUGUAUAAUGCAGUUGUUGAACGAUGCUUCACCGACUGUGUGGAUAACUUUACGCGCAAAUCUCUUCAAAAGCAAGAGGAGACUUGUGUUAUGAGAUGCGCUGAGAAGUUCUUCAAGCAUUCAAUGCGUGUUGGCAUGAGGUUUGCAGAGCUUAACAAUAUGGCUCCAACAUCAGAUCAAGGAAAUUAGACGACAAUGAAUUAGCUCAAACUUAUCAUUUUUGUAUAAUCUAAUUUUGGAUAAGUAGAUGAUCUUUCUAUUUCAUUUUUUUCUGCUAUUUUUCCCUAUGGGGUGCAUAAUUGUUGCUUAUAAAAGCAUCUGUUUCACAAUAACUUCAAAAUCAAUGGGUUGAUUUGGGAUUUAUAUCCCAGAUUUCCUAGAA